UUGUGUUGGGACAUUUUGCUUCUUAUUUUAGGUCUGAUUCCCUUUUUGUCUUCUUUGGUUCAGUGUUGUAGUCGUACGGCAGCCCGUCAGUUGGACCGGAAUCUGACGUUCCAUAAACUGGUGGCCUACAUGAUCGCCUUCCACACAGCCGUGCACAUCGUGGCACACCUCUUUAACUUUGAGUUCUUCAUGGACGCUCAGCUGAACCGAAACAGCAGCCUGCUGCCGUUCGUCUUGUCUGAAAUCGGAAGCGGCGACAACGCGUCCUUCCUGAAUCCCAUCAGGACCAACGAGACGAACCAGACGAUUGUCAUGUUCACUACCAUCGCCGGGCUGACGGGCGUGGUCAUCACGCUCGCCCUCAUCCUCAUCAUCACCUCGUCCACAGAGGUCAUCCGCAGGUCGUACUUUGAGGUCUUCUGGUACACGCACCACCUCUUCAUCAUCUUCUUCAUCGGCCUGGUCUUCCACGGCUUCGGGCGGAUCGUUCGAGGUCAGACGCCGGCUAGUCUGCAGUCCAACGACCCCACGCGCUGCGCGGACGUCUUUGAGAGCUGGGGGAAGAACGGCAGCGACUGCGCCGUGCCCGAGUUCGCCGGAAACCCUCCAAUGACGUGGAAGUGGGUUGUUGGUCCCAUGAUCCUCUACGUGUGUGAGAGACUCAUUCGCAUCUACAGGUCCCACCAGAAGGUCGUCAUCACUAAGGUGGUGAUGCAUCCGUCCAAGACUCUGGAGCUGCAGAUGAAGAAGAAAGGCUUCCACAUGAAGGUGGGACAGUACGUCUUCAUCCAGUGUCCGUCCGUGUCCAGGCUGGAGUGGCACCCCUUCACCCUGACCUCUGCCCCCGAGGAGGACACCUUCAGCGCCCACAUCCGCAUCGUGGGGGACUGGACUCAGGCGCUGUACGAGGCCUGCGGCGGGGACAAAGCCGAGCCGCAGGAGGCCUGGAAGCUGCCCAAGGUGGCCAUCGACGGCCCGUUUGGGACGGCCAGUGAGGAUGUGUUUCGUUACGAGGUGGUGAUGCUGGUCGGAGCAGGAAUCGGCGUGACGCCGUUUGCCUCAAUCCUUAAGUCUGUUUGGUACAAACGGAUCCAGAACAACCAGGACGUCUUCACCAAGAAGAUUUAUUUUUACUGGCUGUGCCCGGAGACACAGGCCUUCGAGUGGUUCGCCGACCUGCUGCAGUCCCUCGAGGGUCAGAUGGCCGAAAGAGACAUGACCGACUUCCUGAGCUACAACAUCUAUCUGACCCGCUGGAAGGAGACCGAGGCGGCGCACUUCCGUGUUCACCACGAGGCGGAGAACGAUCCAAUCACAGGCCUCAAACAGAAGACUCUGUACGGAAAACCCAACUGGGACAACGAGUUCACUGCCAUCAGCACCAAACACCCCAAGUGUAAAGUGGGCGUGUUUCUGUGCGGUCCACCCCAGCUGGGUCACGCUCUGGAGAAACAGUGUCUGUCUCACUCAGAGGCCGACGUCAAGUUCAUCUUCAACAAGGAGAACUUCUAAACGCUCCAAGAGGAGGUGGAGACACAUGAUGGGCGUGGCCAACAGGAGGAAACCAGCAGGGCCAACAA